AUGGUUUUAGUAUCUUUCAGAAUAAACACAGAAAACUUCUUGUUGGAAGUGCAGGUGGAAGGCAGGCCCGGCUGGCUCCUGGCAUGUCACGAGCGGUGGAAUCUCUCCCUGGGGACUCUGAUCUGUAGGCAGCUGGGAUAUCUCCAACUCGCCCAUCACAAAGGAGUGAACCUGACGGAUGUCAAGGUGAAUGAUACGCAAGAGUUUGUUCAGAUUGUGCCCAACCAGAAGAGCAGCAUUGAAGACGUGUGGCAGGUCAGGAGCAGCUGUGCUUCAGGGCGAAUUGUGGCUCUGAAGUGCUCCGAGUGCGGCGUGCGCUCCAGGGCAGCCCGGAUCGUGGGCGGAAGCGACGCCCCGUUGGGACGCUGGCCGUGGCAGGUCAGCCUGUACCUCAACUCCAGACACGUCUGCGGAGGCUCCGUGGUGGCGCACGACUGGAUCGUCACGGCCGCUCACUGCGUGCACAAUUACAGGCGGCCUGAGGUCUACCACCCCUGCUAUGACGACAGGAGUCAUGACUAUGACAUCGCACUGAUGAAACUCACAGCGCCCUUGAACUCCUCCGAUGCCAUCCGUGCAGUGUGUUUACCGCUGUGCCAGCAGGAUUUCCCCCAUGGCACCGACUGCUGGAUCUCUGGCUGGGGCUACACCAGACCUGAACACGUUCCUGUUGCUGAGAUGCUGAAGGAAGCUAUUGUUCCCUUAAUCAGCACCAAGAAAUGCAACAGCUCCUGCAUGUACUCUGGUGAGCUCACCCCCAGGAUGCUGUGUGCCAGCUACCUAGACGGGAAAGUAGAUGCCUGCCAGGUCGAGCUGCAGCUAAGUGGAAUUAUUUUUGCAAAGUCUUUUGUAAUAAGGUCACGGAAAAACAAAAUUCAGCGGGUGAUUAAAAUCUCAGAAACCCCUAGAGAGCAGCGUUUGUGA